AUGGGAGAUUCCGCUGAUGUGGUCACUAUUAACUCUGAUGAAGAGCAGCGUAUGGAAAUCGAAGAUAAACCGAUUAUCCAGUUGUUCAAACAUCUAACCCAAGAAAGCAAUCAGAAGACAGUGUUAACAAAUGCUCAAAUAAUAGACAUAUUGAAGGAAGAAUUUGACAUAGACAUAUGGAAUAUACACGAAUUAGAAGGAGACAUAUUUAUCACCAUUUUGAAAAUGUAUCUCAAAGAUUGGCCGUUGUGGGAGGAGUUUGAUAAGCUAAUCAACAAUUUGAAACACAAAAACGAUACCGAGGCAAUGAAUAAAGUUUUGCAGACCAAUUAUAAGAAGCUUAAAGAGCAUUUGACGACGGUUUUAAACAAUGCUAAGGACGAAGCUAAAGAAGCUGUUAAGAAAGUUCAACAGGAAAUGUCGGAAAGGAGUGAUAAAAUCAAAUCAAACGUCAUACUAGACGUCACCGCUACUAGAUCUCAGCUGAACAAAUUAUUCUACCGACGACCAUUACCCAAACACAACAACACAAUCUUCAAUUUAACAAAACAUACGAUCCCAACACAAAUCAUGGUCAAUGAAGUCCCGUUAGACGCUAUACUAAAUUGGUGGGGCAUAAACAUAUUCCUAAAAGUAUCAGCAUUGAAAAUUAAUAUAUAUGAAAGACAUAACAUUCACGAAUUAAAACAUUUGCUCGUUAACAGAAAUCUAUCUAUACCAAACCCUUGUACCGAGCUCGAUCAGCAAUUAAAAGUUAGAGUAAUAGAUUCAACAACCAGAAAUAUAUCCGAGAUCAUAAAAACAUACAGCGAUUUAUCCGACAACGAUAACAAAGAAGUUUACAACUUUAUACAACGAGAUCUGAAACUAUUACCGAGCAUGGUAUUCAACCGAGCAUUGUUCAAACGAUACACAAACAAGUAUCCCUAUGUAAGAUAUUUGUUCGAGGAAACCAAGUCCGCUGACAUUAACUCAAGAAAAUACGACAUUCAGUUGCAAGAGACAAUAUCACCAAAAUACCAAAUAUAUAUCAGGUCAAUGACCUCAACACCAACUAAUUUGGUCGUGGAAUGUGAGCCGUGCAAUGUGAAAUUCCUCGGACCAAACCUAUUACCAGAAUUGAGGGCACAUUUCAACGAAUUCCAUCGGUCGGAACCGGAUUGCACUUGCACCAAAUGCAAUAAAACCUUCUCAAUGGUAGCUCUGGCUAAGAAUUGGUGGUGUCAUAGAUGUUGA